AUGGCCGACCUUCCUACUUACAAUACUGAGCGCUGGCAAAACGUCGAGAAAAUCGUACUCAACUUUCUACUGUGCGAAGAAAACAUGUUGUUUCAUAUGCAGUAUACUGAAACCAUUUCAAAUGAGGCAGAGAUAACGCUGAAAUUUUGGUCGGAUACAGCUUUGGCAAUGUGCAAAGUACGGCUUCGGGUCAGGUUAUAA